AUGAACACGACACCGACAUCUCGACUGGGCCAAUUGCCCAGCUACGUACGGAUAUGGGUUCGACAUGGCCAUUUCGGCAAGAAGAAGAAGGGCCUGGGCUUCCCUCCACCUGAGGGUCACGGCGAGGAUAUUUGGGUAUUCGGACACAGAAGGACAGAUCAGAUCAUUUACAGCUUUAACAAGACGCUUGAUGGCUUCCAUGAUCUCAAGCAACUUCCCUUCAACGGCAAGAAGACGAAACCUGCCAAACUCCGCAAAGACUACUGGUCGCCUUUCGCACAUAUCGCUUUCCCCGCCGGUCAGGGGUCGGUCGGCCGCUCUGUCUUCCAAAAAUUGCGCGAGUUGAAGCACCUGCACGAGGUUGCGUGGGAUGACGAGUUCCGAUACAAACGCCCCGAAGAAUAUACCGCCGCCGACCGUAAGCGAAUCGAAGAGGAGGAGAAGAAGGGAAACAAGAAUUAUCGCCCUAUUCGUACAAAAGAAGAGCGUGGAAUUGCUCUUAAUGCCCAGAAGCAAAAUGGAAUUGCCGAUAUGGCCACAGUCUUAAGUGGAGCUGGCCGUGGCAACAAGAUUGUUCUGUCUGAAGACGCUGAGAGCGCUGAGAAGAAGCUGUUGGAUAUCAAGGUAAGCUGGGCCAAUGACCAGGAUAAGGAGUACGCUCAAGAGUGGUCUGAGAAUGUGACGCAUGGACUCCUCGAAAAGCCGACAUACGUCUCAAAGCCCGUGGAGGAGGUGGCUGAAGAAACACCCCAAAAGCAAGAACAAGCUUAG